AUGGAUCCCUCCGACAACAGGGAGGGCUCUCCCUCCGCCUCACAAUCCUUCAAUUUCUCCUCGCCCACAAUGCAGAAUCAGAUCCACGAGCUCGCCAAGACCCUCCCCCCUCCCAGGAAGCAGAACACCGCUUGCGACGCCUGCAGAGCCCGGAAGGUCAAGUGCAACCAGCUACCAGGCCAGGAUAAGCACUGUCUCUCCAAAAAUUAUCCCUGCACCCAUUUCAUUCAGCAAGCCACCACUGAGAAGAAACGGAAUGCUGCGGCCGCCAAGAGACCGCGGACCCUGUCCGCUAGCAGCUCGAGCGGGCCAUCGUCGAGCUCCCGUCUCAAUAGCUUCAACAGCGGUUCCGCAGAACACAUGGCUCCAGGAACCCCUCACUCGUAUCAACCGGCCGGUAGUCAAUUGCCCAUACACGGCGGCCCGUUCCCUCGGGCCAACUCUAUAACGCAAGAGACCCCGACACGCGACUUGCUUGCAUACAUUUUCUCGCCGCCGGAACCCCUAAGCCAGAGCGCCCAGGUGAAUGGUUCGAGGCUUCCCGCUGCCUACAGCGAAUGGGGCGCCCUUGCUCACCGUCUUGCCGAGGAGAACUUCCGCAUAGAAUUCGCACUCGACCUCGUGGAGGUCUUCUUCCAGAUCGUCCACUCCCGGCUCCCGCUUUUGAACCCAGCGCAGACCCGCACGCGUCUGCACUACAGCCUGCAGUCAACGAACGGCGGAGCGUCUCCGAAUAACCCGCAAGGCGGUACGGGCCAGCUUGGGCGGAGCAGCAACAGCCCUCCCCACGGCGGGCCGCAGCAAAAACCUCUGCACCCUGCGCUGGUCGCCACGGUCAUCGCGUGGGGCGCGAAAUUCUCGGAGCACCCCCUCUUCAUUGCGGACCGGCACCAUAACAAGGGGCAGAGCGCGUUGGCGAAGGUGCUCAUCAAUCGUGCGAGGGAUCUCGCGGAAGACAUGAAGGUGCACAGAAUCCCGAGUGCGGACCACGUGGUUAUCGCGCUCUUAAUUGAGCCGUUGCAGAGUCAGAGUCUAGAGCACAAUGCUGGCUUCCAUGGGUUCUGGCUGGGGUCCGCGAUCCGAUUACUGCUAGAUUUGCAGAUCAACCACAAAUCUGUCAUGUCGAAUAUUCAAGAUCCCGAAGCCCGAGGGACCAUGAUUUUCGCAUGGUGGAUGGCCUGUCUGGCCGAUGCCUACCGCUCCGUGUAUUAUCGGCGGAAACCGAUGCUUGAUGACGACGACUACGACAUCGACUUCUACACCGUUGGUCCAUGUCCCCCAGAUAUUAUCGAGUCGCAUGCGCCGCAACCGUCUCCCAGGGAACAGUUAGAGUUCUUGGGGUACUACCGCGCAGCGCAUGCUCUCGCUAGGAUCGCGCGACAGAUGUCUCGCCAGUUGUGGCGACCAGCGACCGAGUCUGACGGCGUCCCGCUGGACGUCCUCGCUGGAUUCAUGGCUAUGCUGACCGACUGGAGCAAGGACCACCUCCAGCACGUCGGUGUACCCAGUAAUUUCGAGGCGGAGUGGGAUUUUGUCAGUGCCGUCACAGCUUGUGCAAGCGACGCGACAUAUCACAUCAUGUGGAUCAUUCUCUACAAUGCCUUGGAGGACUUCGGCAUCCGAGAGGUCAACGAUGUGACGCGCACAGGCACCUCUGAGACGCUCCUCCCACAACAUGCGCAGAUCGAGGAGACGAAGCGCAAAGUAGCGAGUGAGGCGCUGCAUGGCGCGUUGCGCAUCGCCGGCCUGGCCGGCGUCUUGGCAUCCAACGGCUACUUGCGGCUCGAUUGCGCAGUCAUGCAUGUCAGCUGCAUCCAGGCCGGCAUGCUCCUCGCGCGUAUGGGCCGCCCCGAGGUGGCCAACUGCGUCACCGGGCUUGAGCAGUACGCGUACGCGUACGAGGAGUGCGCUGAGGCCGCCGCGGAGAUCAAACGCAUCUACAACCAGACGCUGUCCGGGGAGCUCGACAUGGCGCCCUCAUCGACGACGAACUCGCGCGCGACGCCGACCGAGGCCGUGUCGAGUCCCAUGGCGAGCACGGCGAUGAACGUCGACCAGCCUAUGUACGGUGUGAGCUUCUGAUUGCACUGGGUUCUGCGCGUUAGCUCUUGGUCUUCUGUGUGAGUUGAUGUACGUUGGAGACGGACUGUCUUGGAAUCUAAGGGAUCGUGUCUGGAGGAUAGAGGGAAGGUGUCAGAAUAUCUUGUCCGUGUUUUAGCCUGUAGUUUGUAGCUUUUGUCGUGUUGUCGACCAUGUUGCCGUCGUACCAUCGCUGCGUUGGGUUAUCGGAGUAUGUCUUGUAGUAGCAUCAUAGUAUCCCCACCCCCUCCCUCCUAUAUCAAUAGAGCACGGUCGUAUGUAUCUGGCAUAUCAUGGACUACGGUGUUUGGGAGAUCAGACAAAAAACUGUAAGCUGUAGUACGAAUAUAUGCAUUACAUGCGCACAGCAGCCAAGGCGUGUACAAGAGUACAACUCAAAAUGGUAGCUCGUCUGAUUAAACAAAGCGUAUGGUGGAUAAGCCGAGCGUUAUAGGCGGACGCUCUUGAUCGUCUGCGAGAUACCGGUCUUCUCGCCACCAUAUUUGCUCGCGUCGACGCCGCCCUUGUAGACCGCUCGUUGCGAGGCAACCUUCUUCUUGGCUUUCUCGUACUUCUGCCGUUUCUUGACGCGUGGGUUGCGCACCGACUUCGAACGUUUUGGUGUGAGGCCUUUGUUCUUGAGGAUCGCGCGAGUGAGCGAGCGCGGGCCAUCCACACCUUCGUCGUCGACGAUACGAGCAGCCGCAGCAGCAUCCUCGUACUCCUGCUUCCUUUUCUCCUUCUUUUCCUUCGACUUCCGUUUCACCAAUUCAUAGUACCCAUCCGCCUCCCCGCCGCUCUCCUCGUCCUCGUCCUCGUCCUCCCCUCCUCUUCUCCGCUUCUUCCCGUUCUUCCCGUUCGUGUCCCGAUCGACAUCCAUUUGUAGCUCAGGGUCAACGUCGUCCAAGUCCGCGCCUUGCGCCUCGCGCUCCCUCGCCUUUGCGACCUCCUUCGCCAGCCGUGCUUCGCGCUCCUUCUUCCGCUCGCGAUACGGGAUAUCGUCGUCGCCUCCCAUAUUGGCUGCACGAGCACCGGCGCGGCGCGCGGAAGUGCUCUCGAUGCGCGCGACGUGGAAGCGCAAAGACUUCUUGCGAGCCUGCUUGUCCGCCGCGUCUGCGACGUCCAGCGCAGUCGCUUCUCCGUAGACGUCGACCGUAGCGUCCGUCGCUUUUGAUUUCUCCUUCUUGGAGGACUUGGAGGGGGCAAGGUCGGGCUCGACGAGAUCGAAAACGGGCAUUGCGAGUUGUGCACUCGCGUCUGUCGCUUUGCGCUUCUUUUUGGGAGGCUCGGGCUCGCCGUCGGCGACCUUGGACUUGCGCUUCGUCUUCACCGAGUCCUUGCCUGCACGGCUGUCCUUUCCGAUGGUCUUUGCCUUGGGCAAGUCAUCGCCGUCGACGUCGAUGAAGCCCUCCGCUUCGCGCAGGAGCUCCUCUAGCUCGUGCUGCUCCAAGCCUUUCCCCUUCUUCUUCAGUGUAUUGUUCCCGGCCCAUAGGUCCUGCGCGUCCGCUUGCCAGUCAAACUCUUCGUCCUCCUCAUCCUCGGAGUCGUCGAGAUCGGACGAGCCGAGGCCAGAUUCGUCGUCGGACGCUGCGAAGUCAAGCUCCUCGAGCGUGUGUAGGGAUUGCUUGAGUGUUAGCAAACGCGGGAGAAUGGGAUGCGCGCGGAGGAGCUCGGGGCGUUGGGUAUAUUUCUCGGAGGCGCGGAGGUGGAGGUAGAAAGCGAGGGUGGUUGCGUAUGUGAGCAGGGCCUGAUAGUGUAGGUGCAUCAUACUGAGACUAAGAGCGUCGGGAUUCUCAGCCUGGAGUUUCUCGAUCUUGGCCUUGGACUUGACGAUGUUGUACGCUACGUCGUCCCAGUCGUGUGCCAAAGCGAGGGCUUCUGGGUUCGUCUUCUCCAAGUGCCGCAAUAACGACUGCUUGUCUUGUGGCAAUUGGACCACGGGCUGCACGGGCUCGUCCACAAUACCAUCCUCAUCCGGCAAACCCUCAACCACAUCUCCCAGACCGAAGUCAUCAUCCGCCAUAGCGUCCCGCACCUUUGCCUGAAGCCGCUUCGCCUCCUGCUCCUCCAGCUCAAGUGCUUCCUCGUCGUCUGACUCAAUCUCGUCAGCGUUCGAGGCGUAGUACGCGGAUUUCUUGGUCCCCCAGCCUUCUUCCUCCUCCGACUCGCUCUCCUCCUCUUCGGACUCGUCCUUUUUGGUCUUCUUUCCCUUCUUCUGCGUCUUCUUCUGCUUCUGCUUCUUGGACGCCGCCGCCGCAGCGUAGUGUACGUCGUCGAUGUCGUCGUCUUCGUCCAUACCAUCCCCAUCCUGGUCCGCAUCUUCCUCGUCUUCUGAGGGCGAAUCCUGCGGCAUGCCUUUCAACGCAAAGACCUCGUCUUUGUCUCCAUCCUCGUCACCGCCGUGGUCAUCUCCCUCCAGGAGGAUCUUGUCUCUAGACGCAUGGAACUGAUCCUCCUCGUCCAUCGGGAUAUCCGCGGCAGUAUUCCACCGCUUCAUCUUGCUGUCUUUGCGGUCCACGCUUCUCGGCUUUUUCUGCGCGGCCUUAGCC